AACUAAUUAAAUUGGUAACUAAAUUCCAAAAAAGCUAAAAAAACAUUUAAAAUGUUUCAUAAGUUAAAAAAAUUCAAGCUAAGAGAUAUUCUUUCGGAUUCCAAAAAUUUUUUAGUAGUUAACAAGAAGGUGCUAACCAUUUUAGCUGCAUCAGCUGCUGUUGCCACUGGAACGUAUUACAUAUAUAAAAAGAGUAAAUUAGGAUAAUAGAAAUAAAAAGCUAUAGAGGAAUAGGAAAAAUAGUCUACUGAUGUUUCUGAAGACUCAGAUGAGCUUAUUGAAGAGGAUUUAAAAAGUAGUUUGUCAAAUGUAGACUUCAUUAAAUGCGAGCACUACGAUAUAAUAUUAAAUUUUGAUAGUGAAACAAACAUAAUUCAAACAAGCGUUAAUUAUCACUUUAAAGUUCAAAAAGAAACUAACGAGAUAUUGCUUGAUAUGGAUCAGUAAGAAAUUAUCUAUUGUGUUAUUGAAGGGUUAUGCUAAAAAUUUGAAAUUAAGGACAUAUAAAGCGAAUAAUAAAGUUAAGAAGGAGUUAAGGAAUUAGAUUAAAAUAUUUAAAGCAAUUCAAAAUAAUUAAGAAUAGAAUUAGGUAGGCAAGUGCAAGUUGGAGAGAAGUUAGAAUUGACAAUUAAUUCAAUUUGCAGAUAAAUAAACAAUCCAUUUGUUAAGCUCUUUGAAAGCUAAAAUAUUGAUAAUUCUCAUAAAGUGUUUAUCUCUACUGGUAAAGGCAAUUAGAGUAUAUUUCCUUGUCAGAAUUAUCCCUCAGCAAUGGCCACAUUUGAUAUAACAAUUGUAACUAAAUGUCUUUCAAUUUCAUAAGGAAAGUUUAAUUAGGAAAAAGCACAAUUAAAAGGUAUUGCAUCAGGAUAGUAUCUAGCUAGUUACCAAUAUUCAGACUAAAACUAUACUGUUUUUAGAUGUCGAAGUAGGACUUAAUUACAGAAAUUUCACAUAAUUAUAGCAAAUAUCGAAGAAGUUUAAAUUAACGAAAGCAUUUCAGUUUUCUAAAUAAGAGGACAACACAAUAUAAAUACAAUUUAAGAGAGAUUUUCAUUUAUUUAAAAGAAUCCAAAUUUAUAUGAAAAACUCUAAGCCUUGAACUAAGAAUACGAAAAGAAAGCUUAUUUUAUAAUUAUGCCAAAAGAGAUAGAUUACCAUCAUCAUUAUAAUUGUUCACUUGAGCCAAUGUAGUUUAUCCCAUCUCAUCAUAUAGAAGGCAAUUGCAAAACAUUUAAAGAGUUAGCUUUAAAAGGAAUAGUUAUCAGCCAAAUAUAUGAUCACUUGAACUUCAAUAAUAAUACUCUUUAAAAAGUUAAUAAAGAAAUAUUGGCAUACUUUAUUAAAUUAGGGCUAUAAAAAAUCUGUAAUUAAAAUGAGAUUGAGUAAAAAAAGCAUGUGUUCGAAUAGAUUAAUGAGGAUAAUAAUUUUUUCAACAAGAUCCAAAAAAAGUUUGAUAAAGAAUAAAUUGAAUAAUGCUUAACAUAAUAUCUAUCAAAAACAUGUCUUUGUUAAGAAAAUGAGGAAGAGAUACAAAACAAUGUGUAAUUUGAAAAGUAAAUUUAUAAAUAACUAAAAAAAACAAAGCACAUAUAAUUUAAAAAUGUUUGCAAUUGA